CUUCGAACUCGUUAGAAAUUGAUAACAAGGUCACCUCGGGUCCUAAAGCAUGGAGAAGACAAAAGUAAAGAAAACACUCACAAGAUCUCAAAACAAAUUCUGACAUUCCAUUUUUCAGUUAGGUAUUUUUGACAAAAACAAUCAAAAUUCUUGUCAUCACUUGUCAAAAAAAAAUCAAACAAGAAUGUUAAAAUGGUAAUCAUUUUCCACAUCAACCGCUAUGGAUCAGGAGAGCCUUUCGAUCAGAACGACGUCCACAGGACACACUCUUUUCCACAGAAAAUACCUAGGGAUGGCAUUUUACACCCCUGUCCUUCUACUUUAUUACUACGUGUUAAAAAAUUACGACCACAUCUACGAAAACACUUCGACGUCAGAAGCCUUCAACACCUUGAAACGCUUCAGGAAGUGCUACUUCACCGGCUGGAACUUGACGGCCCAAAUCUGCUUCAUAUCCGUGGCCCUCGCCGACGAAAUUUCCACCCUCUACAAAACGCCCUUCACCCUUCGAAAAACUCUGGGUUUAAUGCGCCGCUACAUCUUCACAGCCAUCGUUUUCCCGUGCACCCUGCUGGUGUCAAUCCUAUUCUGGUCCCUGUACACCCUGGACCGAGAGCUGGUUUUCCCUAAAAGUUUGGACGAACAUUACCCACCUUGGAUGGUACACAGUGUACAUUCUUUUGUAGUUCUGCCGUUGAUUGUCGAAAUGAAUUUAAACAAAGGCAACGGGAUCGAAGUGGUCGAUUUUUCCUACACCCUCCCUGUCUUAACCGCCUUCCUUUUGGCUUAUAAGAUCACGUUGUUUACGGUCCAUUUGCUCUACGAUGUGUGGUUAUACCCCAUUUUUCGGUACUUGUCGUGGUGGCAAAGGAGUUUUUUCUUAGGGGUGUUGUAUUUCACGGCUGUUCUCUUUCUUUAUCUUGGGAUUCGUUUGCAGCAUGUGAAAAGGAGAGCGAAGAGUAUGGCGGUUAGAAGUUUUUAGCAGUGCAGGCCGUAAUUUAUCGAUUUUAAUAAAAAUGAUGUUACUGUUUUAUGGUGGUUAUGA